AUUGAAUUAUUAUGAAUAAUGUUUGUUAAUGUAGGAUGCGCCCAGUGGAAUUACCGUGAUGACGCAUGAAAAACGUGUUUACUCAAACAAGAUUAUCGGAGGCAUGGAUUUUUCAGUUCCUCCUCCAGCAUUUAGCCUUCCUCCACCUGGUCUACCCCCUCCUGUGCUGGGUGUAGAGGCUGGAAUACCUGUAGCUACAGAUUAUCCUCCUCCCGAUCCUUUCGGAGAAGGAGAUCCCUACGCCGGGGGAUAUGAACCAACAGCAGAGGCCCAGUGGAGCUUACCUCCUCCCAGCUGGGAUCAAUCCCAACCUCCUCCUAUUGAUCCAUACGGGUACGGUUCGAGUCCGUUCCAUGCAAGAGUCUGCUCCAUGCAGGACACCAUUACAUAA